GUCCCUGCCCUGCCCUGCAGUGCACACCUCUCGCUCGCCUAACAACUGGUAGAGCUCGCGCGCGCCAGCACUUGUCGUCUCGCUCCCUAGUCCCUAUCCUCCUCCAUUGGUGAAGGUUCUCCCUUGAGUUGCACCACCGUCUUCCUCCCAUCCGAGCUCCCGCUAUUCCUCCACUACUCACUGUACCAGUAGGCUGCGUCCCGACGUUGCCUGCUAGAUCUCGGUGGAGGAGCUGAGGAGAUCUAUGGCGAGUAGUAUUGGGGGAGAUGCUGGGGAAGGGGAGUGGCUCAAGGUCGCUGAGCUGAGAGCCAUGGCCGAAGCCCAGGACCCGCAUGUUAAGGAGGUUGACAACAUGACGCUCCGGAGGUUCCUGCGAGCGCGCGACCACGACGUGAGCAAGGCCUCGGCGAUGCUCCUCAAGUUUGUGGCAUGGAGGCGGGAGGCCGUGCCUGGCGGCGUCAUGCCGGCGGAACAGGUGCGUAGAGAGCUCUCAGACGACAAGGCCCGCAUGGGCGGCGUCGACCGCGCCGGUCGCCCCGUCGUGUUCGCCUUUCCGGCCAAGCACUUCUCCGCCAACCGCGACAUGGCCGAGCACAAGCGAUUUCUUAUCUACUUGCUGGACAAGAUCUGUGCGAGGAUCCCUCGAGGGCAGGACAAGUUCAUGUGCGUGGUGGACCUCAAGGGGUGGGGGUACGCCAACUCCGACGUCCGGGCCUACAUCGCCACCAUCGAGAUCAUGCAGAGCUACUACCCGGAGAGGCUGGGCAAGGCGCUCAUGAUCCACGUGCCCUACAUCUUCAUGAAGGCCUGGAAGAUGGUGUACCCCUUCAUCGACGCCAACACCAGGGCCAAGAUCAUGUUCAUCGACGACAAGAACCUGGAUGAGACGCUGCGGCAGGAAAUGGAGGAGAGCCAGGUGCCAGAGAUCUACGGUGGGAAGCUAACUCUGAUUCCCCUCGCCGACGACUAGCUUCCUAGAUAGAUCGAUGCACGCAGUAUGUAUGUCAUGGCCUGUAGGGUUCAGGCUCGACAGAAAAGUGCUUGCUUCUUAUGAAAAUUAAAAGUAAAAGAAUAUGUGAAGAAGCAAAGCUAUGUUCGCAGCUA